AUGAACAGUAACACUGCUCAAGAGACACAAGCAUAUCAUCCACAGAUCAUGAAACUGAGAUAUUGCACCACGCCCGGGGGGACCCUCUUCUCCACCACGCCCGGAGGUACCAGAAUCAUUUACGACCGCAAGUUUCUGUUAGAUCGGCGCAAUUCUCCCAUGGCUCAAACCCCUCCUUGCCACCUUCCCAAUAUCCCAGGAGUUACCAGUCCUGGUUCUGUGACAGAAGAUUCCAAAGUGGAAGUAAAUAAUCUGAACAAUCAUGAUGGGAAGCCUAUAAUUGUUGGUCUCAAAACAAAACCAUCUUCUUGUAAUAUCGACCUUGCUCCUUUGACUAUCAUCUGCUUCCAGAGGGCCUCUUUUGGGGGCACCCUCACCUGUUGGACAUCCAGCGUCUCCCCCAUUGGGGUGCUGACUCUCCGCUUUGUAACAACUGCAUGCUCCCUGUUUAGGGGGAGCUUCUAAUGACAGAAUUUAUUC